ACAGAACGUCGUUUUGCGUCAUCACAUAGCAAACCGCAGUCAAACCGGGUGGACGUGGGAUGAAACAUUCGUAUUAGAAACUUUAUAUUUUUUUUUCAAAUGUUUCUAAUAUCAAAAAUAUAAAAAGUACAAAUAUUAGGAUAGGGCCCUCAAGCGCACGCCGCCAACAUGGCGUCGGACGAACAAUUUUCGCUAUGUUGGAACAAUUUCCAUGCGAAUAUGUCAGCAGGCUUUCAUGGCCUGCUGUCGAGAGGAGAUUUAGUAGAUGUAACGUUAGCUGCCGAGGGCAGAUUAUUACAAGCACACAAAUUAGUUUUAUCAGUAUGUUCUCCAUAUUUUCAAGAAAUGUUCAAAAUGAAUCCUACUCAACAUCCCAUAGUAUUUUUAAAAGACGUUAGUCAUUCGGCUCUAAGAGACUUAUUACAGUUUAUGUAUCAAGGUGAAGUUAAUGUUAAGCAAGAAGAAUUAGCUACGUUUAUUAGUACCGCGGAACAACUUCAAGUUAAAGGUUUAACCGGUAAUCAAAAUGAAGAAAGUUCCACGCCAUCCAAACCAAAGCCGACGUCGAGGCCAGGCCCGAGGUCGUCACAACAAAGGCAAUCUGUUAUGACUAAGAUAGAGACUGAUUUAGAUUCUAAGCCCUCCUCAACUCCAGUAGCAAUUAAGAGAACAAAUAGGCCAUCAAUAGCGUCAAAUAACUCUUCAUCAUCUCAAAGUGGACCAGCGAAACGGAAAUGUGUCGAUCCCUUGGAAGCGGGACCUUCAGGUUCAGCAAAAGAGGAAUUUGUCACGAUACCGGACGAAGAUGAAAAUAACGCUGUGGCACCGAAAAUGGAACCUGAAUUUGUUAACGAAAGUAUGUGGGAUGAGGACGAAGAUGGCGCUAAUAAUGACGAAACUAAUUUCGGCGAAGACGAUUCGAAUAUGGAAAUGUCUGGUUUUGAUGGCUCUACGACAGGAGAUGGUACCAUAGCUGGGGGAGGGGAGGGUGGUGCCGUAGGCGAUGCACAAGCUCGUUUCAUACGUGCGGGCAAAGGCAGGCUGCUUCUCCACCGAGGCUAUACAUUUCGACUGAAAAAUAAUCUAGCACAUGGACGCAAGCAGUGGUAUUGCUCGUCGAGGCUCACGUCGCGAUGUCUGGCGGACGUCAACACCGAAGGGCCGGAAGGCUUCGAGCGCAUAGUGCGUUCCCGUUACUCGCACAACCACGCCCCGCCCAACGUGCGCCGCUUUGCUGACGGCCGCUACGUCGUACGCACUCCCCAUCAGAGCGGCCACCGCGCCCCGGCUCCAUACGAUCCCCAUAACCAACUCUUGCAACUGCAGCAUGCUUUGGCUUUAUACGCCGCUCACGCUACAGCGACGGCCACCGCCACAGCGGCUGUCAACGCAGCGACCGGAGGCAACGGUCAACAGCCGUCACCGAACUCCUUACCGGCGUCCACCCAACACGCGGCGACGGCUAAACCGCUGCUCGUCGAUACUCCCAUAAAGGAGGAAAAUUAAUCACCGCGAUACGAUUGGCGAUGACACGUUGAUUUUUAGCUCUCUUUGAUUGCAUCACUAUGGCUCUAGAUCACAAUACAUUUUUGCUAUUUAUCAAUUUCGAACAACGGAUAUUUUAGAAACGGUUUUCAAACGAAAUUUAGUGUAUAAUUAAUGAUAGAGUAAUUUUAUUAUUUCUUAGGUUAUAUGGGGAUAGGAAGGAGUUAAUAUAGAAAGAUGGCUUCGUUGGAUAAUUAAUAACGGUACGUGACUGUAAGUGGAAUCUUUCAUGUCGGAUUUAGAUGUUGUGGUUUUGAAUGUUGCGACUUGGUGAACAACUUGUAAGUGGUAAAUGUCGUAACGUAUUUUAGGUUAGGCGGUCUUUUCGAGGUCUAAUGUUAUCCGUAUAGGUGUGGGUUAUUUAUGAAAUGGAUAGGAAAUCGAAAGUGUAUAUUUAAAAAUAUUUGAAUGUGGACAUCUAAGAGAAUGGAAUUGCUGAUGGAGUUAAUCACUAAAAAAUCCUACUUCAAGUUCCAUCGUGGGUAAGAGUUGGGUUUGUUUGAAUGACGUGGACUUGUGCUGGAUUAUUAAGGUGAUUAACAAAAUAGAUAUGUGCGAUUCAAAGAACAAUAUCCCUGGUGAUCACCAAUCUGGUGGUGAAAUUCGCUUAGGAUGUGUCACAUUCAAAAUGUUCGUAUUGGUGUCAAGUUUAGGUAGAUGGUUAAUAUCCGGAAAUUGGCUCAUUUUAGCGUUUGAUUUAGAAAUUUGGCUCAAUCCACCUGGGCAGCAUCAUCAGAGAUGGCGCAUUUGGACGUAGGACGGUAAGGCAAGUUGGACAACGUGAGGUAGGUAGUUUCUCGAGAAGGACCGUAGACAAUUUGCGAUCGGAACGGGUGCGUAGGUAAUGUCUGGCGGCCCCCGAGCCGCCGGAGACGUGAAGGCGACUGAUUACGCGAACUCGGUUCGGAUUAAAGCGAUAAGGAUCCCUCGACUGUACUUAGAAAUAUUUUAUUUAUUUUGAGAGUUUAUAACUUUACAUGUUUCAAAUAUUGCUACUUAGACAUUAGACAUCCGCCUCUUUAUCUAUAAGAAAAUGCAUUAGUUAUUGUAAAUGUUGAAUGUUCCGAACCUACCUUCGAGUGGUAAUACUUGCUCGACACUCGCUGAGCGCAGACGUCAACCGAUGUUGUACUCCUUAGGAUGGAUUUAAGUACUUAAGGUCACUCAUCUACCUCUUCACUUUUUAUACGGGUUUUACAGAUUAGUUUAAUUAUACAAUUUUAUAUACAUGAAUAAAUACUCAGAAGCUUUACUCGAGUAAGGUGUUUAGGUAAGUUAGGUUAGGUUUAGGGUAAAAGGGCGCGUCGGGGCGGUUCGCUGCGCAGGGUCCGGCGCGCUGCUAAUUAUUAUUAUUACCUUAUAUUAUUGGAACUCAUCUACCUCUUUGAAUAGUUUUAACUUGUACUGGAAUGUUUGCUGUUGAUGUCUUAAAUGUGAAUAGGCUCUUGAGACUGUUGUCUAAUAUAUUUUAUUGAUUGUUUUCGAAUGAUAAUUUGUUACUUGUCGAAAUAAUUUUUCAAUAAUAUAAUUGUCAUACGUAAUCCUAAGACUCUGAUUUAAGUACAAAUUUUACUAUUUUUUUUAUUGUUAUUUAAAUACUUUAGGUUUUACAGGGUCUGUGCCCAUUGUGGACGAUACAGCCUCCAAAUGUUUUAUCUAGACUUAUGUAGUUGUAGUUCGUGUCAAAUGGUGAGAAAUGCAAUUAUUGUAUGAGUAGGUAUUAGAUUUAAAUAUAGACCUAACAGUAGACUCGUUUCAGUGGCUGGUGUAAUAAUAAUUUGAGACUGAGACCAAAAACAUAGAGUUAAUUAGAAUUAAUACUCCUGCACUUCACAUAGUAUACUGUUAAUUAAUAAUAAUAAAUAAUUAAUGACCGUUUGACACGUCCUAUCGUACCUGACCUACAUAUGAAUGCCAAACAACGACUCAGGCUGUGGCGGAAGUUAUUACGGGUAGCGAAAAUUUCUUAUUUUGGUUGAAAUGCCCUUUUUGUAAAUUGUAUUGCAUUAUUUACAGCUUCUUGCAUUGAUAAUUAAUAAAAUCACAAUACUUUUCGUGUCAAAUAUAUCGAUGAUAUCCUGUUUGUGUAUUCAUUAUGGUGGGCGACUUAAAAAUACGUUAAUUGUCAAUUAAAAAGUGCGUGUGACGUGCCGUUUGGUGAAAUGUUCAUAAAUGCUGGACGUAGUUUCUAGUUACGAAAUGUUACGACUGGCAUACUUUAAUUAUGUAUAUCAUGUUUAAUGUAUAUAAUAUUUAGAAUCUCAUAGAAUAUACUUAUUCACUUUCGCCACAGUCUCCUACUUAGGGCCCAGUUAAUGUAAUUUAUUGCGUCUACUUUAUCUACCUCAUUUGAAUCGUUACUCUUCGUACCUUCGAGUCUUAUAGUGUAAUUUUUGUAUUUACCAUUAUAAUAUUAAGAUUUUUUGGGUUUAUGUAUGGGGUAUGUUUUGUGAAAUAUUAAAUCGUACUUAUAAAUAA